CACAGCGCCCCUGGAGGCCAAGGGGGCAGGUUGUGGAGGCGGUGUACCACCGAUUCUCCACAGAUGGCGCCAGGCUCUCCUGGUUCGCGUGUGCGGAGAGACCAGUCUCAUGGGUGAUGGGAUUCCACCCGGAGGAAAAAGACUGUUGAUUCCUCCAAAGCUGAGUUUUAUGUUUGGUUUGAUAGAUUUAUAAUUUACUAUUGAAUAAAAGUGCCAUUUUGUCUCCAAGUAAUCUCCAGUUCGUGUGCUUAUUGGAAGGAGGUGGCUCACUCACCAAGCCGGGUUGCCACAUAUGGUGGAGGAUGCGGGCAGCUCGACCAAUCUACGGACCAUCUUUUAAGUAAACGCCGACUUCCAAUGGAGGCAGCUCGACCAAGUUACCAUUUUCCUUUUCAAUGGAUGAACGAACCCCGAUGCAGAGCCCCACCAGAGCUGCAGCUGCCACCCAGAGAGAAAAUGAACUCCAACUCCUCCGAGAGGCAGUCCAACGGCUCGAGCAGGGGCCCACGUUCAACAAGCAGAUCCAGGAAAGGCCCGAGGAGAAGUGCACCCUGAACAAGGAGAUCCAGGACCUCAAGGACAUGCUGGAGGUUAAGGAGCGGAAGGUCAAUGACCUACAGAACGGGAUGGAGAACCUGCAGGAACAGCUUCGGGACAAGGAGAAGCAGAUGGGCAGCCUGAAAGGGAGGAUCAAGUCGCUUCAGGCGGACACCUCCAACACAGACAGCACCCUCACCAGGUUGGUGGAAUCCGUAGCUGAGAAGGAGCAUAUCAUCCAGCGGCUGAAGGAACAAAGGUUCCAGGAUGACCAGGGGAAAGGUGAGGAGCUGGUGGCCAGCAGGACUAUGCUGGAGAAGAUGAAGGUGGAGCACAAGAUGGCCCUGGAGGAGACUGCCGCCAGACACGAGGCCCAAAGCAUGGACUGGUUGCGGGAGAGGGAGGCACUGAAGGCCCAUCUGUUGGGUUUGAUGAAGGAGCUGGAAGAGAACCGGCAGGUCGCCCAACAGCUGAGCUUCAACGUCGGUCCCCAGCCCCAGCCAAUUGAGACUCGUCAGGACAGACGGGGAACAGCGCCACCUGGACGGGCAGCCCAGCCGAGGCGACGUUUCCGAAAGGUGGAGAGGCGGGAUCGCAUCCGUCAGUUCCAAGAGAGGGAGGACCGGGAGCACCUGAUCCGGAAGAGGAACUGGCUGGAGGUAGAGAAGCGGCGUCUGGACGCCGAAUGCAUGGAGCUGCAGUUCCUGGAGCGUGAGCGGCAGCGCAUCCGGUUUGAGCGCCGGCGUGAGCGGUACGGGCGGGAGCGGGUUGAGCUGCGCCGGCAGCAGGAGCAGCUACGCUUUGGGCAGGACUACCGCUCCGGCAAGAGGUCCUACAGGUUCCAGGGGGGACACUGGCCGGGGCGGACCAACGCCAACACCCUAUCCAGCCACGACCCGGGUUGCUGGUCAGUCAGAGGUGCCCCGAGCCUUCAUCAAAGUGUGGAGGAGUGUGGCAACCCGUCUCAGUCACAGCGCCCCUGGAGGCCAAGGGGGCAGGUUGUGGAGGCGGUGUACCACCGAUUCUCCACAGAUGGCGCCAGUAAGAACAUUGGGGCCAAUUAAUGAAAUGCGGAGCACCUGAGGAGCAGGUGUGGAAGCAUGCUUUAAAAAGCAUGCUUCCACACUCAUUCAGGGCUCUCCUGGUUUGCGUGUCCGGAGAGACCAGUCUUAUGGGUGAUGGGAUUCCACCCGGAGGAAAAAGACUGUUGAUUCCUCCAAAGCUGAGUUUUAUGUUUGGUUUGAUGGAUUUAUAAUUUACUAUUGAAUAAAAGUGCCAUUUUGGCUCCAAGUAAUCUCCAGUUCGUGUGCUUAUUGGAAGGAGGUGGCUCACCCACCAAGCCGGGUUGCCACAAUACAUACAUAUGUGAAUCAUUGUGAUAUCUUGUAUGUUCAGUAUGAGUCCUUGCAAUUGUGAUUGCUUUGUUUACUGUGCUUACCUGUAGGGCAUGUUUGAACAGGUUGUUCCUGAUUGAUUUCAGAAGGUGAGGGACAUCAAAAAUCACAGGAACCCUCUGAACCCCCACCAGGAUACAGUGGGACUCCUCACCUCCCAGAGGGUCCAGGCUAGCCCCAAGGUUCCGCACAGCCUUCACAUUAGGGCUUCCCUGGUCACAUAUUACUGCCUGCACCUUUGAAAUUGGUUAAUACAUUGUUGUCAAUACAAGGUUGGAGUUAAUGUUCAUUUGUUCAUUGUUAAUGCUGCUAUUUAAAAAAUAAAUAAUAAUAAAACUCUUCGCACUACAUACUGUCAGCCCUAUAUGAUGUAGGUGGCGAAUGGCAUCCUUAAUGACGGUAGCAAUAUCAUCUGCUGGCAUUGAAGAUGGGGAAAAGAAGUAACCAACCGUCUGUUGAAAGACAUGCUUUAGGACGAGCGUACACAUCCUCUCCACAGGGGAUGGUGGCGGCGAUGACUCCCAUUUGGGAGAUGAUUCCCUGUAGGAAGUCAGGCUGUCGGGAAAUAAAAGGUUAAUAAUCAGAUUUUGUUCAAUCUUAAAAUUGUGAAACUCGAAGUUGAGUAGUCUUAUUUAUUAAAUUCGUAUUUACAGAGAAAUAUCCCACACGUGCGCUAACGUAACGCCGAAGUGUCCUUCCAGAAGGAAGCGAGAAUAUGGGCUUCAUUUGACGGUAGGCCUUUGGGCUGCUGUGUAACAGCUGCAGCCCUAGAUCCUUCAUGUGUCUGUUGAACCUUCUCCCUCUGUCCUUUUUCCCUGCCUCUGACAGUUGUGCCCUAAUGAAGUUCCGGCAGCCCUCAGGACACCUCUGGAGCAUCUCCUCCAUAAUUUCAUGGGGACUACGAAAGAACAAGAGGUGGGGAGGCAAGUGGUGGCGGGUUGUCGCAAUCCACCAGUGUGGGGAUGGCAUCUCUGUUGGACCUUGAUGCUGUGACAACGGACAAGUCUUCUUCCUCUUUUAUUAUAUUGUUGUUCCUCCUCCUUUUUUUUUUAAAUUAUUUACUAUGUUAGGCAAGGCAAGGCAAGGCAUGUUACUGUUCUUAUUGUGUUCUUGUUAGUGUGAUGUUUGAAUAAACUUGCCUGUUGCAAUGUUGGUAUGUUUGUAUAAUUACUGUUAUACAACUGUUACUGUUUCAACGUGACCUAGACCAUACUUCUCAUUUAACAAACAUGUGUAGCUUAUAAUUGGUUGCAGGGCAGAGCAAUAAUAUUCAAUGGCUUAAAACAAACCCAUCUGUAAAGAUCACUGAAUGCAUAGAAAUCAUGACAAGUGGUGUAGAUGGUUUCCCCUCUGUGCAAGGUCAUUAGCCCAAGGCCUACAAAAAAAAUAACUACAGUAAUAGCAGAUUUUGAAGUUGUUAAAUCGUUAACAAACUAUUUGUAUGGGACAAUCGGUUAAGGUAAUUUACGUGCUUGAGUCCCGACACUUUAGAGAA